CGAGGUGCCGGCCUGGGACCGGACGCCGGUCGGCGCGCAGGCUCAGGUUGCUACAGCUUGGAACUUGCGGAGCGCUUCUGUGGCCACGGCCUCGGCCUCUGGAUCGGGUCCUGCCGGCCGCGUGUGACAAACUCGAGUGGGAGCAAGCGGAGGUGCGGCGCGGCCCAGGGCCGCAGCCUUCGCAGGCGCCCGCCGCCAGCCGAGCCUUCGCAGAGUUACUCCAUGCAUCCGGAGCCUGCCCCGCCCCCGAGCAGCAGCAAUCCCGAGCUUCCCUUGAGCGGCGGCAGCAGCACCAGCGGCAGCCGCCGGAGUCGCCGCCGCAGCGGGGACGGGGAGCCCUCGGGGGCCCCACCGCUGCCGCCACCGCCCGCCGUCAGCUACCCGGACUGGAUCGGCCAGAGUUACUCCGAGGUGAUGAGCCUCAACGAGCACUCGAUGCAGGCGCUGUCCUGGCGCAAGCUCUACUUAAGCCGCGCCAAGCUUAAAGCGUCCAGCCGGACUUCGGCUCUUCUCUCCGGCUUCGCCAUGGUGGCGAUGGUAGAAGUCCAGCUGGAUACAGACCAUGACUAUCCCCCAGGGCUGCUCAUUGUCUUCAGCGCCUGUACCACGGUGCUGGUGGCCGUGCAUCUGUUCGCGCUCAUGAUCAGCACCUGUAUCCUCCCCAACAUUGAGGCUGUGAGCAACGUCCACAACCUCAACUCGGUCAAAGAGUCGCCGCACGAGCGCAUGCACCGCCACAUCGAGCUGGCCUGGGCCUUCUCCACCGUCAUCGGGACGCUGCUCUUCCUGGCUGAGGUGGUGCUGCUCUGCUGGGUCAAAUUCUUACCCCUCAAGAGACACUCCGGUCAGCCAAGCCCGACCAAGCCCCCUCCCGAGUCAGCAGCCGUGGUCGCCAACAGCAGCGGCAUCACCCCGGGUGAGGCGGCCGCCAUCGCCUCUACCGCCAUCAUGGUCCCCUGUGGCCUGGUCUUCAUCGUCUUUGCCGUUCACUUCUACCGCUCACUGGUCAGCCAUAAGACAGACCGGCAGUUCCAGGAGCUCAACGAGCUGGCAGAGUUUGCCCGCUUGCAGGACCAGCUGGACCACAGAGGGGACCAUUCUUUAACACCCGGCACCCAUUACGCCUGAGUCUUUGCCUUCCCACUGGCCCUGGGGAACUUUGGAGCUUUCGCCUUAACGCCCUUCCCAUGACCUUGUCCUGGCCCGCUCUGGAGGACAGCCUGUGCAGGCGGCUGGGCUUCACCACGGCGGAGUGCGGAGGGAAGAGGCUUUAAAAAAAAAAUCACUGCACUUUGAGACUUUCUUCUGUGAGAAUAAGCACUCCCUGUUCUUCCAGCUCUGGGUCCCCCUCCUGGUAGGAUGUGGGGGUGGUGUGGGACAGAUGCUCUUUGUCCAAUUCUCUUCCCCCGCACCAGUGCCACCCGGAUGCUUCCUGUCCUGUCCUUCUCAGCCUCCUUCCCAGUUCGUGUGAGUGAGUGAGUGAGUGAGUGUGUGUGUGUGUGUGUGUGUGUGUGUGUGAGAUGUGUGCGCACGCGUGCGCGUGCUCAUGGGCGUGUCACAUAAAAUAUUCACACAAGGGACACCUCUUCCUCGUGUCUGUGUUUGUUGGGUCUAGACUGUGUUAUAGAAUGUUCUAGUCAAUUGAUCCACUAAACAAUCUUUUUGAAAAUUGAGGAAAGGGGCUUGGACAGAACCCUAGCUCCAUAGAGCCAAAGCCUUGGCCUCAGACCGCCAACCUCUACAAAAAUCGUGUUACUGGGCAUGGAACUCAGGACUUGACCCGGCUCUCUUCCACUGAGCUAUAUUCCAAGACAUGUAACUUUGUUUGGAUAAAAGACGCCUUUGCCUUUGCAUGGUAGUGACAACACGCACCUUUACUCCCAGCACUUGGGAGGCAGAGGUAGGUAGAUCUUAAUAGCACUUGACUGCAUUUCCAGAAGACCCGGGUUUGAUGCCUGACAACCUUGUUGUAGCUCACAACCACCUGUAACUUCCAUUACAGGAGAUUCAACAGCCUCUCCUGACCUUUAUGGGGACUAGACACACAUGUGGUUCAUAGGCAUGCAGGCAAGGCAAAAACGUACACAUUAAAGAAUUUUAAGAGA